GCCGCCCAGUCCCCGCCUCGCUUCUUCACCAAUGGGAGCGCAAAGCCUCCGAGCGGCCGGAGCGUUUAACCGACACAGAACGACACCAGGAGGACGGCCGUGACCGUGGAGACCGAGCGGACAGAGCAGACCGCGACCCGGGCGGAGAGAUUACCUGCGGCCGCCGCUGAUCACAGCCUUUCAGCCGACGGGGAGCGUCCGGUAACGGAGACCCGGUGAGCGGAUCGAGCAGCCCGGUGAAAGCCGCUGCACCGGCGCGGGCAGACAUCGUUGCAGAGCCGCUCUAAGAGAGGGAACCGUAGCAGCAUGUGAGGCUACGUUUUCUGGACAGAAGUUGUAGGCUUGAGCUGUGCUCUGCUGGUCGCUGUGUUUGGCAUCUGUGGGAUGCGUAGGUGCCUGCCUUGCAUCCCUCCUGACCCAAUCCCCCACAUCCCAAGGUCGUAGACCGCAGACCGCUGAAGGCACCAUGGGGCGCGCUCCUACCAGGGUUUUAUUUUGACCAGUGCUGCUCCUCAUCUGCUCACCAUGGACCAACAAGAGGAGCCCGGCCAGGAAGCAUGGGAGCCCCCACCACACGGCCUCCAUGGGCCCAACCGGGUCAGACCUUCCUCAUACCGGGCCCUGCGGAGUGCUGUGUCCAGCCUAGCACGCAUCGACGACUUCUUCUGUGAGAAGAUCGGCUCGGGCUUCUUCUCUGAGGUUUUUAAGGUUCAGCACAGGAUCACAGGGCAGGUGAUGGCUCUGAAGAUGAACACUCUGGCGAGCAAUAAAGCGAACAUGCUGAGAGAGGUGCAGCUAAUGAACCGCCUCUGCCAUCCCAACAUCCUUAGGUUUUUGGGGGUGUGUGUCCACGAAGGCCAACUCCACGCUCUGACUGAGUAUAUCAACGGGGGCAAUCUGGAGCAGCUGCUGGACAGUGAUAUGUACCUGUCGUGGGCGGUGAGGAUCGGCCUGUCUCUGGACAUCGCGCGGGGGCUGCAGUACCUCCACAGCAAGGGCAUCUUCCACCGAGACCUUACGUCCAAGAACUGUCUGGUGCGCUGUGAUAACGGCUCUUUCACCGCUGUGGUUGGAGACUUUGGGCUGGCUGAGAAAAUCCCGGAUUACAGUGAUGGAGUGGAUAAACAGCCUCUGGCAGUGGUGGGUUCUCCCUAUUGGAUGGCUCCAGAGGUGCUGCGAGGAGAGUUCUACAAUGAGAAGGUGGAUGUUUUUGCAUACGGCAUCAUUCUGUGUGAGAUCAUCGCUCGUAUUGAGGCCGACCCAGAUGUGCUUCCUCGAACAGAGGACUUUGGGCUGGAUGUGCAGGCUUUUGAACAUAUGGUUGGUGAUUGUCCACCGCCACUCCUCACCCUGGCUGUUAACUGCUGCAAUAUGAGUGCAGAUAUCCGCCCUUCUUUCUCGGACAUUGUCAUUAAUUUGGAGAGAAUGGAGAGGGAGCGGGAGAAGACUGAAGCACCAGUCAUCCUCGAGCCUGUUGCCGUUGCCGUUAGCCCAUACCGCAGGAGGAGUUCACCCUGUCCAGUCAGUGACAAGCGUCUGUCCCGGAGUCAGUCGGACAUGCUGCCCCCGUCUUCCUCUCCAUGUCUGGGCACACCGGUCCGCGUUAACCCCUUCUCCCUCCGUCACGACCUGAACUGCGGACGCAUCAAGCUAUUCGACACGCCCAGCAAGUCUGUCAUCUCCCUCACCUUCACUCUGCCCCCGCCCCCCGACUCCUGUGCCUCUCCACCCCUGGGCAGGGUCUCGCCGCCCCGCAGGUGCCAGUCCCUGCCCUGCACGCCGGAACUGGGGCGUCCCCUGGCUUUGUUCCGUGAGCCGGAGACCCCGAGCGUAGAGGAGGACGAGCAGGAGCAGGACGAGAAGAGGCCAGUGCUGGAGAACGGAGAAACUGAGAUGAUAAUAAAAGAGGAGGAGAAGGAGGAGAAGAAAAGCAUGGAUGAUUCUGAAGAUGUCGGUCAGGACUCUGGUUUAGCACUGGAGCUGGAGAUGGUUUCUCUAGAGCGAGUGGAAGAAGAAGAUGAAGAAAGUCAAACUGAAGUUAAUGGACUCUUUCGCUCAGAGCCAAUGGACUGCAGUAAAUCCCCCGAAGCACACGAGGGCGCCCUCGCGGUGACUGGAAAGCGCCUCUUCGUCAGCAGCUCCUCCUCUCCAUCCUCCUCUUCUUCUUCCUCGUGUCGGCAGCCCAACGGCUGGCCCAGGCCCGUUUCGAACGGACCACCGUCUCUACCUCCACUGCCCCGCUUGGACAACAAUAACAGUUGCCUUCUGGGAGCCGGCAGGACGCCGCCGUGGGCUCGGCUCAAUGGCUACCGCGGCCGCUGCGGUCAGGAGCCUCUAGCGCCCCCUGCCGAGCAGGACGAGGUCAUGUCGUGUCCGAGCUGCUGCCUAGUGGGCUUUAGCUUCCCUUCCGUGUGCCUGCGAGGAGCUCCGCCCACUCGGCCUUUGCCACGCCCAUACAGGAACCUUAACGGUGGGGAGGCAGCAGCUGCUGCAGCUGCUAAUGCAGCCAAGGGACUGCUUUGUCGAGGAGCGAAUGGACUGGCUCCGCCCACAGUGCCCUGCGAGCCGGGGCUGCCUCUACCAGAAGCACAGACAUAGUGAUGAUGGCGUCACUGCUGUGGUUGGAUUGUUAUUGACUGUGUCUCCUGUAAGGAGUGGGAGGAUAUCAGCGCUGAUAUCAGUGUUAUCAGUGGUAGUAGUGGUUUUGAGUCAGGAGAGAUUGCCUUUGUGUGUUUGUAGGCCGUUAUGAUGGAAAGACAAAGAAAAAAGCGAAGAGGCCAUUAUGGUCUAAUUUACACCUGGCAUUAACAUGCAUCCUGGGUGAUCUAAUAGUUUAAUGAUUGCUAAAUUGCAUUUAGCAAGUUAGGGCUGCAACUAUUGAUUAAUAUUUUGGUAGUCGACUAAUCUGCUGAUUGUUUUUUUCCGAUUAGCCAACGAUUAUUAUUCUGCCAUGUGCUCCAUCUCUAAAAACGAUAGAAACAGCUGAUCAUGAUUUUUAAAAGGCAUUCAAAUGUCUGGAUUUUGUUUAAUAGUGGAAAGUACUGAUAUUUAGUGAGUAAAUACAGGGGUUGGACAAUGAAACUGAAAAACCUGGUUUUAGACCACAAUAAUUUAUUGUCCUGACAGACAGUUCUGGUGGAAACAGUAGAGUUUUAUGUUUUUUUGGAUACAAUCCGGGUUAGCACCCAAACAUCCCUUUCAGACAGCUUCCUCUUACAGCAUCCACAGUUAAUCCUGUUGGAUGUGGUUCAUCCUUCUUGGUGGUGUGCUGACAUUACCCUGGAUACCAUGUCUCUUGGUCUCUUGGUCACAGAUGCGCCAGCAAGAAGUGCACCAACAAUUUGUCCUCUUUUGAACUCUGGUAUGUCACCCAUAAUGUUGUGUGCAUUGCAAUAUUUAGAGCAGAACUGUGCUCUUACCCUGCUAAUUGAACCUUCACACUCUGCUCUUACUGGUGUAAUGUGCAAUUAAUAAAGAUUGGCCUCCAGGCUGCUCUAAUCUAGCCAUGAAACCUCCCACACUAAAAUGACAGGUGUUUCAGUUUCAUUGUCCAACCCUUGUAUGUAAUCUGUUGUGUUUGGCCACUUUUGGAGUUAAGCUAUGGUAAAAAAAAAAUUGGUUGUCUAGUUUUCAGCACAAAUUGAGAUGAUUCACCUAGUUUCACAACAGCUACGAGCCAGCCAUCUCCUUUAACCAUUAGCUUAAAGUUUUUUUUUUUAACCAUUUGCUCAGCUAACUCUGUCGGACGGUGGACGGUGUGAUCUCACUGAUGAUAUGCACGUUCCAGCAGGGGCAGUGACACAAUUAAUUUGCUUUUGAGUUCACACUACAAAAAUAAUGCAUUAAUAUUUGUACCUCUAACCACCUCUGAAUGUGUUUUAGUGAUUGCAUCACGAUCUGUCCUCUAGAUACACUACCUACCUUUCAUACAUGUGCUGGUCAUUUGGUUCACGAUUGGCUCACCCAGGAUGCAUGUUAUUAAUAAUGCCGAUUGUGAACAGGGUUUGUGUGCUGUAUGGUAGGUAUAACGAAUCUGAUGUGUUUUUGUGUUUUUUUGGGGUUUUUUUUCUUGUGGCUGCACUGUGAUGCGUUUACACGAUAAUACAAACCACAGUUGCAUUUUGAGAAGGUGCUACUUUGGCUACACAAACCUUCAAAACGUCAAAAGCCACUGUGCUAAAACUGCUCUGAAACAGUGUGUGUGUGUAAAUGAGUGUGUAAGAGAGUUAAAGAGAGAAUGUGCAGUGUGAUUGAAUGCAAAUCUUUUAAUUACUUUGAUAAUCACUCCUCUGAACCCGAGGGUUGUUUAUUUUGAGUGUGAAUGUGAAAGAUAUGAAGAGCAUGAGAGAGUGAGAGAGAGAGAGAAGUGUGAAAGUAAGUGUGUGAUUGGUUGAGAGAGAGAGAGAGAUCAGAAGACUUCUUAUGGAAGUCUGAAAUUGUGUUGAUUAUAUUGUGCGUCUAGAAGCAAUGUGUGCAAUAAGUCAGUGUUGAUUCAGUUGUAAAUACUCUUUUUUUAUUUUUAGAUGGGGAAUGCACCAUUUUGAGUACGAUAGGAGAAAUGGAUUUGCUUGUUUUUGUAAAGCGUGUCAUUUUUUUCUGUCUCCUUCUAGUGGCAGAGAGGAUCCUUGCUGGUCAGGUUAUUGCUGCUUUAUGAAGUUAAACACUUGUGUACGUGUAUUUUACUUAUGGCAAAAAGUGAGACAACCAGAUCACACAGGACGGACGGGACUAAAUCUGUGAAUUGAGAAAGUACCAUUAAAAUAAUAUCAGAAAAAUAAUAAUCAAAACUAAUUGAGUAUUGACUGUAAACCUGCUGAAGAAAACAACCUGGCAAGCUCAAGCUGGAGAAGCUGGUGAAGCUGGCUAAGCUGAUUGACCAGUUUACCUUUUUACCAGCAUUGGUUAUUUAUUUUAUGUAAUUUCUCCGGUUUAAGUGGUCAACCAGUGUGAACAACCUGACCCAGGUAAUUCAGCCAUUGAGUCCAAGAUAGUUGACCAACAUAGCCACGCCAAACUAGUAAACCAACCAUGUUGUUUGAGUUAGCUGUGCUUGUAGACCAACUAAACCAUCAAACUCCAAUGAUUCUUUGAAAAUAUAUGAGGGUGGGAAGUUAAGCAGGUGUACCAGCUUAACCAGUUUGUUUACCAGCAUAUAGUGGUUGUGUUUAGCCUGGAUGCUCAGCUUUUCAUCCACCUUGACCAUCAAGGAUUAGCUUAAACUAGAGGUUUCCGAUCAGUGAAACAUUUAUUAAUUGAACUUUCUGACUGUCAUAGCCUAAAUAAAAAAAAUAGAAAAUUGGAUGUAAAAAUGUAUUAUUUCAUUUUCUUUAUGAGGAGCAAUGUACAAGAAAUACAUUUUCAUCAAUUUUUCCAAUUUUAGUUUUUUCAUCUCCUCUCACAAUCGAAAUUUGAUGAAAAUUAAAAAAAUAAAUCUUUCAUUUUCUGAUUUUUCCAUUUUUGCAUUUUGCAAGUCGGAUUAUACCAUCAGAUUUGUGUUACAAGACACAACAUUGGCCAAACCAAAAAAAUAUAUAAAGAGAAGAUUCACCUUUUCAUUUUUCUUGAAAUUCUGUUUGCAAAAGGCUGAAGUAAAUAAUUAGAAAAUUGUGAAAAAAAAUCAUUCUUUACUAUACUGAAUGGGACAAAAUGAGUUUUAUAAGUCCUUAUACCCAUGUUCUUUUUUCUAAUGUAGCUUGAUUCGGUCAGAAAAUUAAACUGCUAAACAAUACACUGAUCGUUUCCAACAUAUUGCUGGUCAUGGCCCCAUUUAACCCACCACAAAACAUCCCAUUACCCGCACAAACAUUUAAUUGAACAUCUUAAACAAAACCAGAGCAACAAUUAUUGUAGCUUAUUAAUUGAUUUUUAAAAUUGUAUAAUGGAGAUUAAUUAGAGGUAUAUUUAAAUGGUGAUAUCCAGUUACACAUCAAAAGUUAUGUAAGUAACUAAAAAUCGUAAUCAAGAAUUUCUCAUAUAUUUGAAGAAUAUCAAGAUGCUUACUUUUUUUUUUUACAAUAUUGUCCAGCUCUGCUUGAUUUAUUUUUUUUUCUAUGUGAAAGACCUUGUUCUAGAUGUUUAAUCUUUGGGUGAAUCUUGUACAGGUUAAUAUUAACACAACUAGCUGGCCAAUCCACCAGAUAGGUUUGAUAAUCAUGUGACUUAAACAUACCAGACUCAAUUUGACUCAAAUUUAAUAUUUUAUUUUAUGUUUCGCCAAAUAUCUUACAUUUUUAACUAAUGUUUAUUAAAAACAAAAAAGAAAUCUGCAUUUUUUUGGCCAUUGACCCAAUAUAGCACUGUGAGACACUCUCUAGUCUUGAUCUGGUCUUGAUUCUUCAGCAGGGAUUAAUGAUUUCUAGUAUUUAGAUCAACAGAAUGCCACUGUUCUCCAAAAAACAUAAACAGAAAAAGUGAAUUUUUCUUUAGUUCUAGGGUCUUUAGAGUAAAUAAACCGAGUCCCGUCCACUUUCCUGUGUCUUCUGGUCCACUUCCUCUCUGAUGUAACAGCAUGAUGUUCAAACCUCUAUCAAACCCCUUCAGAUCCAUCCAAAGAGUUCUUUUAAAGCCUGUAGAAGAUCGCCUGGCUGACCAGCUCUGUGCCAUGAGUGUAGAAAAGCCUCUGCAUGCAGAGAAGAGCGCUAAAGGCCGAUCUGUACAUACCAAUGCAUGAGCGACACUAGCCCACUCUCUCUCCACUGCAUCCUCAGUGUGGUGCUUUAUCUGCAGACCACCACCGUUCUCCGUUUGUCUGAAGAGGUUCCUGUCCUGUUCUGAUGUGGUACAGAAUGCUUCACUGGGAGUUAGAAAUGGAUGUGGUAGGAAGGCAGGCUCGAAACGCUGUCGGCUAAAAUAAUAAGCUAUCUUUUACAGAAAUGGGGCAGGCAUUUUGGAAAUGCAAGCUGUAUUUAGAGUAAAGUAGCCUGUGCUGGUCACUCAAGAGUAGGAUGUACCUACACUGCACUUGUUUUUUCACAUGAAAUUGAUGUACGUUAAUAUUUAAAAUGAAUAGAAAAUGUUCUAACGAUACUGAAGUGGUACCGUUUGGUUUGCUGGUGAGUAAGCUCCGUCUCUUGAGUGCUAGUAAUGGACGCUAGUAACAGACACUAUGGAUGUAAAGACUGAAUUUGAACAUUUGAUUCUUAAGUGUGAAUUUACUGUGUAAAGGUUAGUUUUGUUUUUACGGUCUUCUUCCCCCCUAGAAAGCACUUAUCACAAUGAAUAUUAUCAAUACCGGGGAGAAUAAGCUUUAAUAAAUGUCAACGAUUCAUGUUAUUUAUGAAAAUGUCUUCAAUAUUAAAAAAAAGAUUGAAUGUAACGCUG